AUGGGAGGACUCGGAAGGAACAAACGUAUGUUACCAAGAAGGUACCGUCUGCCAAAAUAUUUUCAAGAUAGAAAAGAAUUCUUUCUAAUAGAAUCACCAUACCUGAGCUAUGAAAAAUCAGAUACCAAUGAAUAUGCUACUGUCACCAAUACUGAGGGAGAUUAUCCUCCUUUAAUGACACCCAUUACAAAAUCAGAACACACUAUCGCCUUGCAGAAAAAAUUGAAGAAAAAAGUGAAGAAAAAAGUGGAUCAAACUCCAACGUUUGAAAAAAUUCUUGAUCGAACAGUGGAAGUUUCAGCUCCUGAUAUUAUUCCAUCUUUGAAGGAAGAAUUGAAUCAUAAUAUUGUAAAAUUGAAGAUCAAUAAUGUUGCUCUUCGAAAACAUGCAGAAACAGAGUUUAAUGGUUUUAGAUUGAGUCAAGAUAAAUUGGCAUCAUUGAUAGGAAAAGGUCGCUCAACCAUAACUCUUAAUCAGGAAUUUAAGAGUUUGGAUGGUUACAAGAUUAGAAUAGCCAUGAUUGUGAGCACGAGAAUGACAGAAUUGCAAUUGAAAAAGACAUCCUAUGCCAGUAAGUCGCAAAUUCAUAAGAUUAGGACUGUCAUGGCUCAAGUAUUAACCAAACAUAUUAGUAAGAUGAACAUUCUGGAAUUUGUUGAGCAAAUGGCAAUCAAAUGUGGAAUGGGUGCAGAAAUUAGAACCAAAUGUGAAAAUAUUUAUCCAUUGGAAGAUCAUAUUCAAAUUACAAAAAUCAAAGUGGUGGAAAAACCACCAAGACAUGAAUAA